CAGGUGGUAAUAUUCUGAAAUGACUGACUACCUUAAAAGAGCAGCACUAUUGUGGUCUAGGCCCUUCCACACUAAAGAGUAGCGCAGACAGUCAUGCUAACUGAAAUUGUUAUUCUGCAGCAGCCAGUGUCUGUGUGUGUACCACCAAACCAUGAGGUGACCUUAAGUGUUCGAGCAAUAGGCACUGGUUCAUUGAAGUAUCAGUGGUUUGAUAAACAACAGUCAGAGGUGGAAGGUGGGACAGAGCCUGAGCUCACCGUCACUCUCCAGAGAUCUGGAAAAUAUAUUUGUAGAGUGAGCGACCUGUUCUUGAACUAUCAGUUCACAGAAUGGGUAAAAGUGCGAAUCCUAGACGAACCAGGUGUUUCUCGCUCAUGGAGAGGGGAACCUCAUAUAGUCAUUCAACCAAAAAGCCAAACAGUAAAACCAGGGGAGACUAUCACUCUCAAAUGCACAGCUUUUGGAAAGCCUGCGCCUGCCUACCAGUGGUACAGAAACGGAUGCAUCCUUGCUAAAAAGACUACAGAAACACUCAUGAUAGAAAAUGCCAGUGCAGAAACUGCUGGUUCAUACCUCUGCGCUGUGUCAAAUAUUUUGGAGGAGAGAUGGUCUGAAGCAGCUGAGAUUGAGAUUGCGCCUCCAGAUCUACUACCAACGGCCACUCUUAUGGCAACUGACAAAGUGGCAUUACUGAUUGGGAACCUGAAUUACAACCACCAUCCUGGUCUGAUGGCCCCUACCAUGGAUGUCCAUGAGCUGGCCAAUCUUCUGCAACAGCUUGGCUUUAGAGUGGUCUCUCUGCUUGAUCUCACCCUUCAGGAAAUGCAGGCUGCCAUUGACAAGUUCUUGCAGCUCUUGGACCCUGGAGUGUAUGCUGUUUUUUACUAUGCUGGCCAUGGCUACGAGCACUCCGGCAGAAAUUACCUGGUGGCCAUUGACGCUCCGCGACCCUACCGCACUGAAAACUGUGUGUGCGUACAGAGAGUGAUGCACAGUAUGCAGGAGAGAAAAGCCCAGCUCAACGUCAUUCUCCUCGACACCUGCAGGAAAUGGUACAAACAAAAAGGUCCUCCCUCUGAAAUCAAGCCUUUGGCUCCUCUGGGAAACACUGUGUAUGGGUACGCCACGAGUGAAGAUGCUGAGGCUUUCGAGGUCCAGGAUGGUGGCAAAAGCACAGGGAUCUUCACCAAGUACCUGAACAAACAUGUCUUACAGCCAGAGAGGGUGACCCGUGUCUUGGAGCAGGUCUCUGAGGAUCUGGGAAAGGAUCCACUGGUACGUGGAAGGCAGGUAGUAGAGAUCAGGCACACUCUGACAGAGCCACGGGCCUUGACCGAUCCUGUGCAAGCGUCCGGACACACCAUGGAGCUCCGGCGACGGGAUGCUUGUUGGAAACAGGCUAAUGUUCUUCCUGGCCGAAGAUCUCUGGACUUUAAGCACUGUGGUGUUCAGGUGGAGCUCAGUUUCUCUGCCCUUUUUUCCAACGUCCUGGUUGUGUUCGGUAUAGUGAGGAACACAAACACCGUGGCCCAGGACUGCACUCUGAUUCUUGAGAGUCGACCACAAAUGCAAGACAUUUUCUCAGCAUCUGGCAGAUCGGGAGAAAUGGACUCUCUCCUGGUGAGCAUUGGUGAAACUCCUGACUGCACCCUCAGAUUAUGUUGCCUUCAAAGACUCCAGGGAUCUCUGAUGAUCAAGGUGAAAUUGCACUACACCCAGACACAAACUAAAGAACGUCUGACUGAGAGCAAAGAGCUGGACAUAGGCAGACCUCUCAUCGCCUCCUGCAAGCUGAAUCAGAUGAAGCCAGUGGACCGGAGACAAGAAGCUUUUGUCCAUUCUGUGGACCACAUGUCCAACAUCAGAUGGCCUCAUCAUCAGAACCAUCCUCGAGCUGUUCGGCCCUACACACGCAAGGCUGAGAACCGAUUACAGAGCUCAGCCAAAUCCAGCUCCAUGAGCAGCAAUGAACCAGAGGAGAAUGAUGAAAAUGACUCGAAUUAAUUCACUAUGUGACGUUCCUUCUUUUUACAAACACACAGUAAGGCUUUGUUUUGAUCCAACAAAGGAUUUUCUUACAUUAAUUGUUUACUUUUUGCUUACUAAUUAUGAAUUGUGAUAAAAGUGUGUGUGUGUGUGUGUGUGUUUGAGAGAGAGAGAGAGAGAGAGAGCAAUAGAAGGAAGAAGUUCUCAUGCUAAUGUAUAUUUAUAUCUAAUUGUUGUAAAUCAAAUCAAGUGUAAUAUUCUUAAAUAACCGAUAAAAUGCUACUUCUGGAGUUUCCCUGUGCGAUCAAAUUUCAUAUUCAAAUGCAGUCUAGGAAUUGAUAUUGAUUUUAAAAUCAUUCAAUAUUAAUUCAUUUGUAGAAUUUGUGUAAAAAUGCAAUCAUAUUUCUGUGAUAUUUUAUGAAAAACAUGGUGAUGGGAUAGAGGAAGUAUUUAGGUCAUAAAUUCAUUUUUAUUUUCAGUUA